CGCGACGGUGACGUCACACAUGCGAUCCGUCUCAUCAUCCUUACUAGGUUCGGAAAGAGAAAGGAGCGCUGACGAGCAGGGUGGACUCUGGCGCGUGAAGCCAUUGACCUCCGCGGGGGUUCAGAGCUCAGCGCGCUCACGCGACGGCGACAUACGGGGACUGUCGGGGCCGCGGGGCCUGCCCGGGCGCUGGGUGGCAGGGAGCCAUGACGCACCUCCUCGGGAAGGUGCUCGCGGUCGGGGCCGCGCUCGCAGCGCUCGCCGCCUUCGUCACGUGGAGGGAGAACUUUGAGAGCGGUUCUUUGAAAGGCGCCAGGGUCCUGGUGACCGGGGCCAGUACGGGCAUUGGUGAGCAGAUGGCUUAUCGCUACGCCCGCUUUGGUGCCCAGAUUGUCAUCACGGCAAGACGAGAACACAUUCUGCAUCGGGUGAACUUUCUGAGUUACCUGCAGAUGACAUCGAGAGCUCUGCCUUCCUUGGAGGAGAGUAGGGGCUCCAUUGUCGUGGUGUCCUCCUUGUUAGGGAAGAUGUCCUCACCUUUCGUGGGGCCCUAUGCAGCCACCAAGUUUGCGCUGAGCGGCUUCUUCGGGUCUCUGCGACAUGAGAUGACCAUGCGAGGAAGCAAUGUGACCAUCACCAUGUGUUUCCUGGGCCUCAUCGACACCCAGUCUGCCAUGGAGAAAGUCAAAGGUUACACCAAUACGAAGGCCCACCCUGCAAGCGAAGCCGCUCUGCACAUAAUUAAAGCUGGAGCAACUCGACAGUGGGACACCUUUUACCCCUGGCAUCUCUACUACAUGAUUUUAACAGGGAACCUGCAUCCUUUUAUAUGGGACUUUAUAAUCAGGAGUGUUUACAGUAAUUAGCUUUUGUUUACUGAGUAAAGGAAGAUGCAAAGUGUAACUGGCUGUGUGCUAAAUGUAGAACUGUCAUUAUUUGUAAAGGAAAAGCAAAUUCCAGAGACACUUCUGUAGUUUGAUAUAUGAAUGUAUGCAGCUGUCUCAGAUCAGUUAUGUUAGUAUGUGGGGGGGGGGGGGGUGGUGAUUUAAG